UCUGUGCUUAAGGUAAGUGAGAUGGCUAAGUUGUAUGCAAUUGUGUUGAUCGCACUAGCAAUUGCGCAUGCAAGUGCAAGAGAUGUUCCAAUUGAUAGCACAAAACCUAUUGAGAAAAAGACGGUGGUGAAAACUGCUGAUGCUCCGGCUGCACACAGCGUCGGUGACGAGAAAAACUUCAUAGCUUAUGGCGGCGGCGUUGGUGGCUGGGCUGGCAUUGGCUACGCCGGUGGGAUUCCGAUGAUCGGUGGCGGCAUUGGCGGCGCAAGUGGAAUUGGAGGGGUGGGUGGGCUAGGCGGUGCUGCCGGUGCCGGUGGAUUAGGUGGGCUAGGCGGAGUUGGAGGCGCCGCCGGUGCAGGUGGUGUAGGCGGAAUUGGAGUUGGCGGUGCGGCCGGCCAUGUUGUACCUUGAGCUUCAUCACAUGUACUUUGUCACAUGUUGUUUUAGGGUUUGUGUUUUGAGGAUUUAAGGUCUAGCUAGCUAUGAUUUUCUAUUUUCGUUAUGUGGUGUUUCGUAGCAGUGUUGUAAUUUCCCUGAU